AUGUGUUUGUGGUGUAACACUUCUGGGAAAAAGUUCUAUUCAAUGGAUGCUGCCCAGGCUUACAUGAGAGAUAAGGGACAUUGUAAAGUAUUCCAUGUAGGCCAUACUCUAAUUUACUUCGAAUUUUUCUACAACUAUUCCAAAAGCCAUCCUGAUUACGUUAAAGGAAUGGAUAAAGAUGAAGAGAUUAACAUUUUUGAAUUAGAUUCUGAGGACUUAACGUUAACUUUAUCAUCCGGAGCAACUAUUGUCCAUCGAACAUUAUUUACCUAUUAUAAGCAGCAUUACGGUAAUAAAGAUACUGUAGUGGCUAAGCGGAAUAAGAUAAGUAAAGUAUUAUCAACAUAUCGUGCUCUUGGUUGGAAGGAAACAGAAAAAGAAAUUGCUGUCAGGAAAGCUAAAGACAUUAGAUAUAUGAGGGCAGUACAGUCCAAGAUGGCAAUGAGGCUAGGUGUGAAAACUAAUAAACUUCAAAAGCAUUUUAGACCUCAGGUCAAUUUCUAA